UCUUGAUACGCUUUCUUAAUACCUUUUUUAAUUUAGAAUUAUUUACAAAUCAGGAUUGAAUGUGGACCAUUAAAGCAACUCAAUCCCGACAAUGAACAGCUCCAACAAUGCCUACGUUGUCGACAAGAACAAGAGUGCCGUGCCUCAGCAAGAAUCUUAGAAUCAUGUAUGCCUCCUGAACAAGACCACUACCUGCCAAUCGCAAACGUCACAAGGAUCAUGCGUAACAUCUUACCAUCGGAAGCCAGAAUCUCUGAAGAGGCCAAAGAAAAUAUUCGAAUAUGCGCCACCGAGUAUAUUAGCUUUGUGACCGCUGAAGCUAACGAUAUUUGCCAAUCUGAGCGACGUACGACAAUAACUGCUGGCGAUAUCCUUUCGGCUAUGAGCAAGCCUGGGUUCGAAGAUUACGUUGGACCACUCAGUGUGUUCAUUAAUCGGUACCGUCACUUCGAGACCGAUCCUGGGUGUUGUUCACUCAGAGGUGAGUCAUCGUUGUUUGAUCCGGCCUAUGGAGGAAGUGGUAUUGGGUUUCACGGUCCAUCACCUCAUGGCCCACCACCGCUUUGUCCACUACCUUAUGGCCCACUACUGCAUGGUCCUCCACCUCAUGGCCCACCUCCUCCGGUUCCUAAUGGAUUACGGUUUGUUGGAUCAGUCUAUGGUAAUGGGUGGUGGCGUUCGGUACUACCCAAACAGGUCGGGUCAGGAUGGAACUACUGGUGAUGGUGGAUCUUCAUCUUCUAUGACAGGAAUGCCGUUUUGUGACCAUUGUGGUCAGUACAAGUGAAGACAAAAAUUUCUUGAUUCUCUGCAUCCUAUUUAAAUUACAUGUUGCAUGUUUACAUGUUUGAAUACAUAAUAAUUACGUCUAAUUAAGCAUUUAUGUUCUCUUUACCUAAAGAAAAAGAAAAAAAAUAUAUAUA